AUGGAGCCAUUUCCUCCACCUAUCGAUCCAUCGGAGUUCAAGGAUGCCUUUUUGGGCCCGCAAGUCCAAAUCAAUGAGCUCUCAGCCUCAAACCGAAUGUCUAGUGGAGGGCAUCCAAUCGCGAAUCUUCGUCGUGCCAAUACCGUAGCCCAGGGUGGUAAUCUCAAGCGGAACCUAGAAUUGAAGGCAGCACGCGAGAGAACAGCAACCGGGAUAAACUCCAAGGCUAGCUAUGAGCUCCUACGACAGAACAGUCUACAACGGUCCCAAACACAUCGUGGCCCGCUAGAGGCGCGUCCAUCCGGGAGGAAGGUCGGCCAUUUCGCCGUAAAAAGUGUCGGCCAAAAUGGGAAAAUAUUUCUCAGGCCGAUUGCCAAUUCGUCCCAGAAAAGCCCACAGCCUACGUCCUUCUCUCCUGUCGAUACUACGAACCCUGGUCUUCUUCAGCCGCAGCCUCAUGCAAAUACCCGCGAGGAUCUAGAUCCGUCUAGGUGGUCGAGCUCGCAGCUCUCUGAAUUACGCCCGCGCGAACAGCCCGAGGAUCCCGAGUCCGUCUCCGUGCCUCCUCCUCCCGAACUCUCGAGCCAGCACCGCACGAGACCGAUCUCGUUUUCGACAAUAUCGGAGCAGCAGUCGAUAGCCGGUGCUGGGAAGCGUGGGGAGUUGCGGAUCGUGAUCGAUAGAUCUGAAGACCGGCCCAAGUCUGCACGUGAGAAUUCGACACCAGCCUUGGAGGUUCCUAUUCCGCGUUUUCGGCUCGGGUCGCCGCGAUUCAACGCGGAAGGCAGUGCAAUGAUCCAGAGCUCAGUCUACACGCGGGCCUCGAUAUCGGACAACUUUCGGAAUUCAACACUACUUGGAGGCAUGACAGAUACUCUGCCGGGACUCCAUAGUCCAUACCCUCGAGACUCUUUCUCGCGGCAUCGGCCAUCUUUUGCAAUUUCAAUGUUUUCGGGCACCGCGGCGGCUAUGGAUAUGAACAGAGCUUCACCAGUUCCGAGGAAUUCCAUGGUCUAUGAAUUGAAAGAGCCAGUUGAGCCAUCAAUUUACGAAACGCUGGUUUAUGAUAUGGAUGAUGGGUCUGUUGUCCGAUAUAUUGCUGGGACAAAGGACAUCAGUGCUGCUACGCCUGCCCGCAUCGUUGCGCAAAUUUCCUGCGAGUCAUUCAUGGACUAUGAGCUAGUAUCGGACUUCUUCCUUACCUUCCGUUCAUACUUAUCCACAACACACCUUUUGGCUCUUCUUCUUGCACGAUUAAAGUGGGCAAUCAACCGGCUACAAGAUGAUGGACGCAUCAUCAGGAUCCGCACAUUUGCGGCUUUGCGACAUUGGAUUCUCAAUUACUUCGCUGAUGACUUUGUUACGAAUUACGAGCUUCGAACCCACUUCUGCGAGACCAUCAAUAAACUAUAUUCAGAGGUCAGGUCUCGACAAAAUGGCGGCACGAGUGAUCGAAAGAUUCUCAUUGACUUGAAACGUUGCUGGAAUGGCAAGUGUUCAGUUUAUUGGUCUUCUCCCGACUUGUCUCGCGCCUAUAACGACCCAGAAAUCUCAAUUGUACCUGGAGAUGUUCAUAUUGAGUUACCUAAAGCUGAAGAACUGCACCAACCCGUCCCUAGUUAUGGCAUGAUGCCCCGUGCAGACACCACCUUUCGUGAAAGUCUCCCUUUCCCCGUACAGCAUGAUCGAAAUGACUCUGCAGCAACUACACAGAGUAUUCCAUUCUCUGCCAAAAGCGAACAAAGCUUGAUGGCGCUCUCGUGUUCAUUACCACCUAAAUCCCCCAGGCGCUUGUCCAUGUCUGCCUCUAAAGGCAAGGCACCUCGCCCUGUGGUAUUGGGCCUCACAAAGUCCAAGUCCUCGUCCAGGACGCAUGAACCACCCAAGUCACCCGUAUCUCCCAUGGUCUCGCGGCACCCAUACCACAGUCAUAGCCAUAAAAGAAGUGGAAGUUUUUCGGACUCGGUGCGAGACGAUCGACUGCCGAUGUUUGCGAUGGAGCCCGAAACGGGAUUCGUACCACAGGAAAUAUUCGAUCCGGUCAGUUUAAUACGUGGAGAGAUGUAUCCUCCUGCAGAGUCCUACAUGACAAUGAUGGCACCGGAAUCGCCGCCACUUCCUCCGCCGUUGAAGAAUCCAAAUCCGGAUCGUCGAAGUACGCCCGAUGUGCCCAAGUCGUCACCUAACUCGGGUAUGAGAACAAUAAUUGGCUCAAUCAAACGAGCAUUGCACACGAGGAACGGUGGACAGAGUGUCUCUGCCCGAAUUGCGACUUCCCAUGAGGCCAUUUCAUUGCCUUCCCGCGGGAAGACAUCCGCAAUGCCAACUGGACUGGCCUUCGGCUCUGAGUUCUACAGGGAGAGGAAGAUGGCAGCCGGUCCCAGAUAUCCAGGUCGGAUUGAUGUACUGUGUGAUGAGGUCCUCAAACAAUACCGCUUGAUCAUGAAUCAGGAAGGAACGAAAGACCAAAUUCAGCCGCCAGCUGCGUCUCACUUUCACCAAGCGACCACACAGGAGCCUACAUCCAGAACCUCUAAUCUUUUACCGACGCAAACUCCCUAUUCCGACCCCAAACUAAGGAGUGGUAUCACCAUGGGCAGUGAAUCAAUCAUCAUUGUCGAUGAUACCGGUUUCGAAAUGCCCUUUAUGUCAGGGGCUGCACAGGAACCAAUGCCAAUUGCUGCUGAUGAUGGCACUCAUGAAAUGCCUGAUGAUGCCUCAACGCAAUCGAUACUCGUGGAAGGAGAAUAUCUUCGGCCAGUCUGCUACAAUGCCAACGAACCGGAAUCACCUGCGCAGUCAAACAUAUUCUAUCCCCUUCGCCCUCUCACGCCACAGAGAUCGUCCUCGGUCGAACGUGGAUCAAUGCCUAUGAAAAAUAAGACAAAUUCUCUAUCUCUUCGACUCAGAAAGUACGCGUCCUUCCAAAGCGGGAUCUCGAGGCAGCGGUUUUCGAUGAGCAGCGAGACGGCUCAAUCCACCAUCGACUCUAAUGGGACACAAGAUCAGAGCAACAAACAGUCCGGGCCGGUUCUUCGCCGGCGCCGAGGUGGAAACCUGCGUCAAAUGCAGAGUGGAGAUGAGACCGAGCCUCCUUCCUAUCGUGACUCGUUUGCGUCUUGGGAUGACUCGAUUGUGGACGAAACGACCUCUGAUGGCGAUGUCUUGAGACCUCCUUCGACGUUGAUCCCUCCGAAUCCCCGGUAUUCACUUAUUCAGUCGCGCACUUCCCAGCAAAUUAGGCGUUCCUUUGAGUCGGUCAUUGCAAAGUUCGCACAGAUUCCUGAUGACGACGACGGUGGUAUUGAGUCCACGCUGUUGAAGCUGGAGGGAAAGUGGGAUGGACCACUCAGCGCCAAUCGAGAUUCUUCGUCUGCACAAGCGGAGGGAUCUCACUCUCACGCAGAGCAGCCUUGGGUUCCGCAUGGUCUCGAAUCAGCAAGGCCUGGGUGGGAUGUUCUCUCCCGCAGGCGACAGACGGACAACUCCGCGUAUUCCACGGUUGGGGGUCGAUUGGCGCCACCUAGGCCUUAUUCUGAUUCUGUUACCGAGUCUGAGGAGUCUUAUAACUCUAUUCCGCUUCUUGAGAGAGGACUGACCGACGAGUCCAUGAAGCGGCAGCCUAAAAGCCAGCCACUCCAAUAUGACGCGCACGGCGCCCCGCUCACCCUUGUACCAAGCCAUGACACUUCUGAGCUUGCCUCGUCACAUCCUUCGAUUCAAAUUGUGCACGAAACCGACAGUAUGCGUCGCAUUCCUCGUGGCGCAACCAUCCCGGCCUCGACUACUCAUGACGCUGGUCAGGUUACCCCGAAGCGCUUCUCAGCUCUGUCUUCUGAGAUAUCGAUCGACCUAAUUGAUCGGCAUGAAGCUAUGGGUGCAAGGGUUUCGACAGAUACCCGUAGCCUCGGUUCAUCAACUGUUGAGAUCCCGUCUCAUCCUCUAGCGCAACCACCCUCCCCGCCGAUGACCAUCCAAAAUCCGGGAUCUUUUACUUCCUAUCCUUCGCCAUUGAAUACAGUCUUAUUCCAGGCCCAACCCCUCACGCCCGAUACAUCCCCGCAACGCAAAGAAGUUGGCAUUUCUGCUUCGCGUCCUCUAAACAUACAGCAGGUUUCGAGUGACGUGUUGUUCAAUUCAGAAAACAAUCGUCCCGACCAGAACCCCAUCAUCAAUCUUUUACCCGACCACGUCCCGUUCAUCCUAGCAUGUGAAUCCCAGGUCCUCGCACACCAACUGACAUUAAUUGAAAUGGCCGCCCUGAGCGAAGUCGACUGGCGAGAUCUGGUCGAGAUGAAAUGGAGCAGUGCAUGCCCAUUAAUCACGAACUGGGUCCAGUUCUUGACAUAUGAGGAACGCAAGGGUAUUGAUUUGGUCGUUGGUCGCUUCAAUCUCAUGGUCAAAUGGAUCCAGUCUGAGAUUGUCUUGACUCGUGACAUCAACGAGCGGGCCCGUACAAUUAUCAAGUACAUCCAUACAGCUGCACAUGCACGUCGCAUCUGCAAUUACGCCACGAUGCUCCAGAUCGCCAUUGCUUUGUCUUCAUCUGAUUGCUCCCGGCUACAGAGUACGUGGCAAUUAAUUUCGAUUGAGGACAAGCGGCUGUUCAAGGAUAUGGAGUGCUUGAUCCAGCCGGUGCGCAACUUCAAUGAUUUACGCGUCGAGAUGGAGACAGCCAACUUGCAAGAAGGCUGUAUUCCCUUCAUCGGCCUAUACGUCCAUGACCUCACUUAUAAUGCGCAGAAGCCUGCGCAAGUUAACAGCACUAAUGGCGGUCUACUUGUCAACUUCGAGCGCUACCGCACCGCAGCACGAAUCGUCAAGAGCCUUCUCCGUCUCAUUGACGCUAGUACAAAAUACAAGUUUGAGCCUGUGCAGGGCAUCAUCGAACGGUGCCUGUGGAUUGCUUCUCUUCCCGAAGACGAAAUCCAAUCGCGCAGCAAAGCACUCGAAUAA